AUUUCAGAAUCGAGCAUGGUGCAUCAGCUCCACCACCACCACCAGAAGAAGAGCGCCAGUUUCUGGUGUUCGAGAGCUGCCUAAGGGAGCUUUUCAAGACGUGCCAAGAGUGCUCAAGACUGUGCCAAACAACGAUCGAAACUACCGGCACACUGAUCACAGUCUACAGCAUCUGCCCUGUGGAGCACGUGCGCACAUGGAAAAGCCAGCCCAUCGUCAACGGCAGACCAGCAGGGAACAUACUGCUGACCAGCCACCUGGUCUUCUCUGGAGUGAAGAUUGCCCCUACGCUGCGGAUGCUACGCCAUAUGAACGUGCAGGUCAUCUCCGACUCGAGCUUCUACGAGCAUCGGAAGGCCUUCGCUCUACCUGCAAUCCACAAGGUCUGGCUGCAAGAGCAACAAGAACUUCUCAACGAGUUGCAGAACAAAGAGGUGGACAUCUCUGCUGACGGGAGAUUUGACUCCCCUGGGUUCUGUGCCAAGUACCUGACGUACACAGUCCACGUCGAGCAAAUCAACAAGAUUCUACACUCUGUCCAGGUCCAGCUAAAAGAGUCUGAACAGGCCAUGGCCAGUGUCAACAUGGAGAAGGAGGGCCUCCUCAAGCAGCUGCAAUUCUUCAAGGAGAAAGGUAUCAAGAUCCGAUCGUUGGUGACUGACCGUCACCCUGCCACACGAAAGCACAUGAAGACGCACGAACCCGGGAUUGACCACUUCUUUGACAUAUGGCACAUCUCCAAAAGUGUGAAAAAGAAGCUGACAGCAGCAAGCAAACGGGCUGGAUGCCAAGACCUGCAAAUCUGGAUCCAGACAGCUACAAACCAUAUGUACUGGUCAGCAAGGGCUGCAGGAGGCGACGAGAAGCUGCUCAUCGACAUCUGGCUCAGCAUGCACAACCAUGUCAUCAACAAACACUCGGGGCACGAAGGAACCUAUGGAAGGUGCCUCCAUGGUGACAUGCCAGAGCCAACACGACCAUGGAUGGAUCCCAACUCGCAGGCCUACAACCAAUUCAAGAGCAUCACUGGCAACAAACUGCUCCUGAAGGGCCUUGCACAGAUGUCUCCACAUGGCCAGACAUAUGCUUUGGAGGCGUUCCACAGCGUCCUGAUAGACUUCGCCCCGAAGUCCCAGGCUUUCAGCCCAGAAGGCAUGCUUGCAAAGACUCGACUUGCAAUCCUCCAUUUCAACGAAAACUCAAACCGCUGCCAAGCCGUCACACGAGAGGGCAAGCCACGUUGGUCGGUCGUAACAUCAAAAGCACGAAAGGGCCACCACACAGCACGACCAGAGAUUACGGAUCCCACUUACAAGUAUGUUGGAAAGCUCAUCAAGGAGGCAAUGGAGAGCAGCAAACAGUGGCGGUCCCUGGCUGCUGCAUCGAGGGCCAACACCGUCGUCUUCCCGGCACCGAUGACUGCAGCCUACACAAGGCCUCCAAAAGAGGAACUCGUGGCAGCACGAAUGUCCAGGUUCGGCCACAGUCCCCAGUAACGGCAUCAAAUCCCUGGUCGGGACUUCCAUGCUGCCGCAGGACGUACGGCGAAUGCAAGCAGACAGACCCAAGAGAAAACAGCCGAGCUGCAAAAUGGUUC